AUGUUAAUUUACCAAAACACCACUUCCCGCUAUUUAUAUCAGUUGCUUCCAAUUCUGUUGAUUUCCAAUUUCUAAAGCGCGGAUAAGUGGACUCCAACCACUUCAUCUCGGGGGAAAAAUUUUAAUUUUCUCUCCGUCCAAACAAUUUGAAAAAAAAAAAUUAACCGCUUGUGAUGGCCGGCCGUUACGAUAGCAAUCCGUUCGCUGAAGAAGAAGUGAAUCCUUUCUCUGACCCUGCUGUUAGGGGGAAAGCAUCAGGCCAGUCAAAGUUUGGCGGAGGUGCAAAUUAUACAACUAAUCCUGGAAGUGUUCCACCAGCAGUAAAUUCAAGGCUUGCACCUCUUCCUCCUGAACCGGCUGGUUUUAAUUAUGAUCGAGAUGCACCAAUUGACAUUCCUCUUGAUUCAGCCAUAGACUUGAAAAAGAAAGCAAAGGAACUUCAAGCUAAAGAGGCUGAAUUGAAAAGACGGGAGGAGGAGGUAAGACGGAAAGAAGAAGCGUUAGCACGAGCUGGAAUUGCACUUGAGGUGAAAAAUUGGCCACCAUUUUUCCCAAUUAUUCAUCAUGAUAUUGCAAGCGAAAUACCAAUACAUCUACAAAGAUUGCAGUAUCUUGCAUUUGCAACUUUUUUAGGAUUGGUUCUGUGUCUUUUCUGGAAUAUCAUAGCUGUUACUACAGCAUGGAUCAAAGGCGAAGCUGUAGGGGCAAAGAUAUGGUUACUUGCCAUUAUUUACUUCAUAGCUGGGGUUCCAGGAGCCUAUGUGCUGUGGUAUCGUCCUCUGUAUCGUGCUUUCAGGACUGAAAGUGCUAUGAAGUAUGGAUGGUUUUUCCUGUUUUAUUUGCUCCACAUCGGCUUUUGCAUAGUUGCUGCAGUUGCUCCCCCGAUAUUUUUCAAAGGAAAAUCUCUUACGGGUAUUUUGCCUGCCAUGGAUGUUCUAAGCAGGCAUGCUCUGGCUGGGAUAUUCUACCUUGUUGGAUUUGGAUUAUUUGUCGUUGAAACACUGGUCAGCAUUGGGGUUCUACAGCAAGUGUACAUGUACUUCCGAGGAAGCGGUAAAGAAGCUGAGAUGAAGCGUGAAGCUGCACGAGGAGCAAUGAGGGCUGCUCUAUCAUAAUGCGCUCUCAUCUGUGGAUUUAGUUUGUACAUGCCCCUUCGCCAGCGGUAGUGCCGAGACAAUAAGGAUUACUUCCUGGCUUUUGUUACACCUGUAUUCUUAACUUAUGUUCAUUGCAGCUUUUUGUACAUGUUGUGUACUGGAGUCGUUGACAUGGGGCCUUGUUGAGACUACCCAAAUGAGUUUAUAUUUAUAUACAGAGAACUUUAUUUGAUGAUUCUUUUAUAGAAAUGUACUUUUAUUUUUAGAA